AUGGCCCGGCGGUUGCUCCACCUCCGGCCCCACCUCCCGUCCCUCGCUCCCCGACUCAUCCCUUCGCGGCAGUACAUGUCCGACAUGCGCCGCUCCGUCUUCCUCGACCGCCUCCUCCGCUCCCUCCGCUCCGAGAUCUCCUCUUGCCGCGCCGAGCCCGCCCCGCCGCUCCCGCCCUCCGCCGCGCCGUUCACCGUCGAGGACCGUCCCGGCGAGCAGUAUGUCCGCCUACGCCGCGCGCUCUCCGCUGAGGAGGAGAUCAGGGUGGACGCCUCAAUGGUCGACGGCGCCGUGGCGCCCACCCGCUCGGGCGUGGACGCCCAAGACGGCGGACCGGAGGCCAGGAUGCACAUCAGUGUCCACGUCGAGGUCACCAAGCCCGCGCGGCCCGACUUUGCGCUCAACUUCGAGUGCUCGGCUUGGCCCGAGGAGAUGGAUGUGGAGAGGGUCUUCCCCGUCCGCCGCAGUGGCCCAGCGCCGGAACAGCAAUACAUGGGCCGCCAGUUCAGUUAG